ACACCCUCGGGAAUUAUGUAACUUGUUUGUAGGACCAUUUCAGUAUGCAAAUCUGCACGUCAUUGAGUACGACAGAUAGCUUCUGAUACGAGUAAAUUGAACUGAAUUAAGUCCAGUGAUAUGCGUGCUGUUGUAUGGGCCAGUAAUAUUGUCACCGCCUGUCUUAAGGAGUAAUGUUGGUGUAAAAUUUCGUUGGGAGCUACACAUGACAGAUACGAAUAAGUGCGCAGCUGCAGACAUAGCGGUUAAGAGACUAUGUUGUCUAGAAAUUUUUUUCGACUCCUGGUGCGAGGAGCACAUCAAACAAAAUCUGCAGUUUCAUUUUCAUACAUUGCAUCAAGAAAAUUACAUAAAUCAGUAUGCCUUCAGAAGAAUCCGCAAGUAGAAUUAACUGCUGUUCGCUAUCCAGAAGUAAAGAGAGGAAAUUAUUCUGAACUAACAGACAGACACAUCAAGUUCUUUGAGAAUAUUCUGGGAAAAGACCGAACUUUAACUGAUCCAGCUGAUGUUGAAGCAUACAAUGUCGACUGGAUCAAAAUGGUUCGCGGCCAAAGCAGAGUAGUUUUAAAACCUAAGACUACUGAGGAAGUCUCUGCAAUCCUUAAAUACUGUAAUGAUGAAACUCUUGCUGUAUGCCCACAAGGUGGCAAUACUGGGCUAGUUGGAGGAAGUGUACCAGUUUUUGAUGAAGUUAUAAUAUCAACAAGUCUCAUGAAUCAAAUCAUCAGUUUGGAUGAAUUAUCAGGUGUGCUCAUUUGCCAAGCUGGCUGUGUACUAGAAGCUUUGGAGACAUACCUCUCUGAACACGGCUUCAUCAUGCCUCUUGAUUUGGGGGCCAAAGGAAGCUGCCACAUUGGAGGGAAUGUGUCAACAAAUGCAGGUGGAAUACGCUUGUUGAGAUAUGGAAGUCUUCAUGGCAGUGUGCUUGGUGUAGAGGCGGUGAAAGCAAACGGAGAAGUUAUAGAUUGCUUGAGUUCCCUGAAGAAGGAUAAUACUGGCUAUCAUUUGAAGCAUCUAUUUAUUGGAUCUGAAGGAACUUUGGGACUUGUAACAAAGGUUGCGAUUCACUGUCCUCCCAGUCCAAAGGCUGUUAACGUUGCUUUUCUAGGCCUCAAUUCAUUUGACGAUGUUCUGAAAACUUCAAUAAGUGCUCGACGAAAACUAGGGGAGGUCCUUUCUUCUUGUGAAAUGUUGGAUCAUGUGACAUUAGAUGCUGUCACAUCUAACCUUAAUCUGAGAAAUCCAAUAGGAGAACAUCCAUUUUAUAUGUUAUUGGAAACAUCUGGAAGCAAUGGAGAACAUGAUGAAGCUAAACUGAAUGCUUUCUUGGAAUCCUCAAUGAGUUCUGGAGAAGUUCUUGAUGGCACUGUAGCCAAUGAGCCAUCACGAAUUCAGUCAAUUUGGGAAGUUCGAGAGAGAGUGGCAGAAGGGCUGUUGGCAGAUGGUUGCUUUCUUGCAUACGAUAUUUCUCUUCCUUUGAAAAAUUUUUAUGACAUUGUUCCUAUAAUGGCCAAACGUUUGUACUUAUGGCAGCUAAGAGAGCGUGUGGCUGAGGGAUUGGUUCAUGAUGGCUAUGUUUUUAAGUAUGAUAUUUCACUACCUUUGAAAGAAUUUUACACCAUUGUUCCUAAAAUGGCUGAAAGACUUGCUGGUAAUAAGAAAUUUUUGCGAUGUUGUGGAUAUGGUCAUAUAGGUGAUGGAAAUCUUCAUCUCAAUAUAACAUCUAAAGAAUUUGAUCAUGACUUACAUAAUCUCAUAGAGCCUUUUGUGUUUGAAUGGACCUCAAAACUAAAAGGAAGUGUUAGUGCUGAACAUGGCAUAGGAUUCAAGAAGACAAAAUUCAUUCAUUAUUCAAAGUCUGAUAGUUCCCUAAAUAUGAUGCAUGAUAUUAAAAAAUUGCUUGAUCCUAAAGGUAUUCUGAACCCUUACAAGGUGUUACCUAAGUAGAUAAUUUUCUAAAAUUGUCUACAUAUUUGUUCAAAAAAUGUUUUUAUAAGGCAUGUGUCAAUAAGUUACAUGUCUUACUGAUGUUACCAAAAGGAUCAUUCAUUUCUUGUGAGAUAAGAAAAGGCUGAUAUUGCUAAAGUGUUUUACAAAAAUAUUCAGAAUUGAUAUGAUGCUCAAGUAGAAAUGAAUUUGUAUUUUUUCCAAAAACAAUUUAUAAUACUAACUGUAAAUUGUUUCGUUGCAUAUUGUGAGUUAAGGUAGUUGUGAAUAAUGAACUUCAUACUAAUACAAUAUGGAGAGCAUUGUAAAAUGGGAUUAAAAAUGAAAAAGUUGGUGGCACAACCAAUUUCAAAACAUUUUUGGGGGCAAGAUUUCUAAAUCAGUAAUUUAUUUCACUGUAAUGUUAUGAUUUAGUAUUUUUAUGAACAUCAGAAACUCUUGGAAUUACAGGUGAAACAAAUAUGGGAAUAUCUGAAAUAUUCAAUGACAACCUUUGACUUUUGUGAACUUGUUGGGUCACAGUUUAGCUUUGUAAGAUACUUUUCAGUGACAUGUUAUGAGUUACGAUAUUGCAGUGAACUUGCUGUCAGUUCACAUUGUGUGCCAAAACAGGGCAGUUAAAGAGAUUAUUUCUUAAAAUAAAGUAUUUCUAUGUAAGUAAAAACAACUAUUUUUCAAUUAUAAUGUUGUAAAUACUGUUUACAAUAUUUUUGUUAAAAAUAAAUGAGAAAGCAGGAUAUUGUAAUUAGUAGUUGUCUCACUACAUUCUUCAUCAACACCCAACAUGAUAAUCGCUCCUAUCUAUAUUUUUUCUGUUAAACGGCUACUAUUAUUACUUUCUCGCACCGACUAACGUAAGAGGAGAAAGUGCGCCGGACCACCGAAUUUUCGUCACAAACCCUUAUAGCAAGGACCUGGUAAGGAAAAGGCGGAUAAAUCCACUUGCUAAAUAGAGGGAAAAAAAAUCCUCUAAUACGUGGUGUAGCCAGAAUCCAUGUUUUGUGCGUCCUUCGUAACGAAAAAUCGAUUGACGGCGAAACGUCUGGCUGUCUGU